AUGCCGCCACCGAGGUGGCAGGCGGCGCUGUGGCGCCUGAGCCGCCUCAACAUUGCAGUCACUCUAUCCUUAUCGGAGCGACUCGUUGGUCCGGGCCGCGCAUGCGCCAAGCCUUCCUUUCGCUAUUCCGGCCCCCCCGCCCCUCUCUGUCUUCUCUGCCCUGGGAGCAGCUCCCCUCAUCCCCUGAAAAUGUAUGCCUGCACCAAGUUUGUCUCCACCCCCUCCUUGGUCAGGAGCGCCUCUCAGCUGAGCCGGUCAAUGUCUGCAGUGGUGCUGAAACGACCAGAGACACUGACAGAUGAGAGCCUCAGCAGCUUGGCAGCCCCACGUCCCCUGACCUCGCUUAUUUCUAGCCGCAGCUUCCAAACCAGUGCCAUUUCAAGGGACAUCGACACAGCAGCCAAGUUCAUUGGGGCUGGGGCUGCCACAGUAGGGGUGGCAGGCUCUGGGGCUGGAAUUGGGACUGUGUUUGGGAGCCUCAUCAUUGGUUAUGCCAGGAACCCUUCUCUGAAGCAACAGCUCUUCUCCUACGCCAUUCUGGGCUUUGCCCUCUCAGAGGCCAUGGGGCUCUUUUGCCUGAUGGUGGCCUUUCUCAUCCUCUUCGCCAUGUGAAGGAGCUGUCUCCACCUCCCAUAGUUCUUUUUCCCGUGUCUUGUCUGCCCUGUAUGUUCCUUUUCCUAUACCUCCCCAGGCAGCUUGGGGAAAGUGGUUGGCUCAGGGUUUGACAAAAGGAAGACAAAUAAAUACUGUAUUAAUAAGA